AUGGUCAACUCCUGUUGUGGCUCCGUCUGCUCUGACCAGGGCUGUGGCCAAGGCCUCUGCGAGGAGACCUGCUGCCGCCCCAGCUGCUGCCAGACCACCUGCUGCAGGACCACCUGCUGCCGCCCCAGCUGCUGUGUGUCCAGCUGCUGCCGCCCCUCCUGCUGUGUGUCCAGCUGCUGCCGCCCCAGCUGUUGCAUCUCCACCUGCUGCCGCCCCUCUUGCUGUGGAUCCAGCUGCUGUGGUUCCAGCUGCUGCCGCCCCAGAUGCUGCAUCUCCAGCUGCUGCCGCCCCUCUUGCUGUGGCUCCAGCUGCUGUGGUUCCAGCUGCUGCCGCCCCAGCUGCUGCAUCUCCAGCUGCUGCCGUCCUUCUUGCUGUAAUCCCUGCUGCUGCCGCCCCUGCUGCUGCCUGCGCCCAGUCUGUGGCCAAGUCUGCUGCCACACCUCCUGCUACCGCCCAACCUGCGUCAUCUCCACCUGCCCCCGCCCCACCUGCCUCUGCGAGGAGAGCUGCUGCCGCCCCAGCUGCUGCCAGACCACCUGCUGCAGGACCACCUGCUGCCGCCCCAGCUGCUGCGUGUCCAGCUGCUGCCGCCCCUCUUGCUGUGGAUCCAGCUGCUGUGGUUCCAGCUGCUGCCGCCCCAGCUGCUGCGUCUCCAGCUGCUGUCGCCCCAGCUGCUGCGUCUCCAGCUGCUGCCGCCCCUCUUGCUGUGGCUCCAGCUGCUGUGGUUCCAGCUGCUGCCGCCCCAGCUGCUGCAUCUCCAGCUGCUGCCGUCCUUCUUGCUGUAAUCCCUGCUGCUGCCGCCCCUGCUGCUGCCUGCGCCCAGUCUGUGGCCAAGUCUGCUGCCACACCUCCUGCUACCGCCCAACCUGCGUCAUCUCCACCUGCCCCCGCCCCACCUGCUGUGGCUCCUCCUGCUGCUGA